AUGAUGAUUGAGUUCAAGCUGGCAGACUGCAGCUAUCAGAGCGGUCUUCCUCUGCUCUAUCGUACGAACAGACUCAUCCUCGAUAAUCCGCAGGAUUACAUAAUGUUCAGCUCCUGGUUCAACGCCAAGCAGAAAUAUGUUCGGUCAAUCAGCUUACAACUCGAAUGCCCGGCCGUUUACGAUGCCCACGAGAGCCUCUGCAACUUGUCCACUGCAUUGCCUAGAUCCUUGCUACUACAGCGCCUUGAAGUGCGAAUGCUCCUUCCUUGUCUUGGAGCUCCCCAAGGGAACUUGAAGAAGGACUGCCAGAUGAUGUUGAAAUGUCUUAGAAUGUUUCUUCGGGGUGGUCUCAGCAAGGGCAAGGUUGAACUACUCGUGUUGCAUCUGCCGGAAGCAAUGAAUGAUACUGUGGAGUGCGAUAAAGAAGUCGAUGCUGCGCUUUGGGAGGAUGUCGAUUGCCGGAUUGAAAUCGAUGAUGGCCCUGAAGAAGAGGAGGAGGAGGGUGAGGAAGAAGACCCGGAGUCCGAUGACGAGAACCAUGGUCUCUAUAUCUUUCCCACACAAGGCGACUUCUGA